CGGCGAGUUGCUGCGGCGCCAGACGUCAUCGCCUCUGAAGGCCUCGCUGGUUUCAGUCAUAGAGCGAGAUCGCGAUUACAGUACGAGCGUAGGCUGCACCCUGCCCUGACCCGGUCCAGCAGAUCCUUACACCUUUAACUCAGCGAGAAAAUGGAUAUCAGUGGAGUGAAAGUCCUGGAGACGGCCGAUGACAUCCAGGAGCGACGGCAGCAGGUCCUUGACCGCUACCGUCGCUUUAAGGAGUUGUCGGCCAUGCGCAGGCAGAAACUGGAGGACUCCUACCGAUUCCAGUUCUUCCGCCGUGACGCUGAUGAGUUGGAGAAGUGGAUUCAGGAGAAGCUGCAGAUCGCCUCAGACGAGAGCUACAAGGAUCCAACUAACCUGCAGGGAAAGCUUCAGAAACAUCAAGCCUUUGAAGCAGAAGUACAGGCCAACUCUGGUGCCAUCAUCAAGCUGGACGAGACUGGCAAUCUCAUGAUCUCUGAGAGCCACUUUGCAUCUGAGACCAUCCGAACUCGUUUAGAGGAACUGCAUCGUCUCUGGGAUCUGCUGCUGCAGAAGACCAAGGAGAAGGGAGUGCGACUGCUGCAGGCCCAGAAACUAGUGCAGUACCUGCGGGAGUGUGAAGAUGCCCUGGACUGGAUCACUGACAAGGAAGCUAUCGUCACCUCUGAGGAGCUGGGGCAGGACCUGGAACAUGUGGAAGUUCUGCAGAAGAAGUUUGAGGAGUUCCAGACAGACUUGGCAGCCCAUGAGGAGCGUGUGAAUGAGGUGAACCAGGCUGCAGCCAAGCUUACUCAGGAGAACCACCCCGAAGCUGAGCUCAUCCUAAAGAAGCAGGAGGAGGUUAAUGCAGCCUGGCAGAGACUGAAGGGCUUGGCUCAGCAGAGGCAGGGAAAACUGUUCGGAGCUGCUGAGGUGCAGCGCUUCAACCGAGAUGUGGAUGAAACGAUCAGCUGGAUAAAGGAGAAAGAGCAGCUGAUGGCCUCAGAUGAUUUUGGACGUGACCUGGCCAGUGUUCAGGCUCUGCUGCGCAAACAUGAGGGGCUUGAGAGAGACCUUGCAGCCCUGGAAGACAAGGUAAACACUUUGGGUGGAGAGGCAGAGCGUCUGCAGCAAACCCACCCCCAGAAUGCCUCUCAGAUCCACCUGAAGAGAGAUGAGCUCAUCACCAACUGGGAGCAGAUCCGCACGCUGGCUGCUGAACGCCACGCCCACCUCAACGACUCUUACAGACUGCAGCGCUUCACUGCAGAUUUCAGGGACCUUACCAGCUGGGUUACUGAGAUGAAGGCUCUGAUUAAUGCUGAUGAGCUGGCCAACGAUGUGGCUGGGGCUGAAGCCCUGCUUGACCGUCACCAGGAACACAAGGGUGAGAUUGAUGCCCACGAAGACAGCUUCAAAGCCACAGAUGAGGCUGGACAGGCUCUCCUGAACACCGGACACUACGCCUCAGAGGAGGUCAAGGAGAAGCUGGGUAUUCUUACUGAGGAGAAGGAGUCUCUGUUGGAGCUGUGGGAGCUUCGAAGACAGCAGUAUGAGCAGUGCAUGGACCUGCAGCUCUUUUAUAGGGACACUGAGCAGGUUGACAACUGGAUGAGCAAGCAGGAGGCCUUCCUUCUCAACGAGGACCUAGGCGACUCUUUGGACAGCGUAGAGGCCUUGCUGAAGAAGCAUGAAGACUUUGAGAAAUCCCUUAGUGCCCAGGAGGAGAAGAUAACUGCCCUGGAUGAAUUUGCUACCAAGCUGAUCCAGAACAACCACUAUGCCAAGGAAGAUGUUGCCACCCGCAGAGACGCAUUGCUGAGCAGACGCAACGCUCUUCAUGAGCGCGCUCAGUCCCGCCGUGCUGCCCUAGAGGACUCCUUCCACCUGCAGCAGUUCUUCCGUGAUUCUGACGAGCUUAAGAGCUGGAUCAACGAGAAGAUGAAGACCGCCACUGAUGAAGCCUACAAGGAUCCCUCUAACCUGCAGGGUAAAGUACAGAAACACCAGGCCUUUGAGGCAGAGCUUUCUGCCAACCAGAGCCGCAUUGAUGCACUGCAGAAGUCUGGCCAGGAGCUGAUUGAUGGAAAGCAUUACGCUUCUGGUGAGGUGGCUACACGCAUGGAUGAGGUCAGCUCCCAAUGGAAGAAACUUCUGGAAGCUACUGAGCUCAAAGGAAUUAAGCUGCGUGAAGCCAACCAGCAGCAGCAGUUUAACCGUAAUGUAGAGGAUAUUGAGCUGUGGCUCUACGAAGUGGAAGGCCAUCUGGCAUCUGAUGACUAUGGCAAAGACCUGACCAGUGUUCAGAACUUGCAGAAGAAGCAUGCUUUGCUGGAGGCUGAUGUAGCUGCCCAUCAGGACCGUAUUGACGGCAUUACCAUCCAGGCCAGGCAGUUCCAAGAGGCUGGCCACUUCGAUGCUGAUAACAUCCGGAAGAAACAGGAGGCUCUGGUGGCACGCUAUGAAGCUUUGAAGGAGCCUAUGGCCGCACGCAAGCAGAAGCUGUGCGACUCUCUGCGGCUGCAGCAGCUCUUCCGCGAUGUGGAGGAUGAAGAGACCUGGAUCAGAGAGAAGGAACCUAUUGCUGCCUCCACUAACAGGGGUAAAGACCUGAUUGGGGUACAGAACCUGCUGAAGAAACACCAGGCUUUGCAGGCUGAGAUCUCUGGUCAUGAGCCCCGCAUCAAGGCUGUAACUCAGAAAGGCGAGGCCAUGGUGGAGGAGGGCCACUUUGCUGGUGAGGAUGUGAAGGCUAAACUGGGAGAGCUGAACAAUCGCUGGGAUACUCUGAAGGGAAAGGCAACCCAGCGCAGGCAGGACCUGGAGGACUCCUUGCAGGCCCAGCAGUACUUUGCAGAUGCCAACGAGGCUGAGUCCUGGAUGAGGGAGAAGGAGCCAAUUGUAGGCAGCCCUGACUAUGGAAAGGAUGAGGACUCUGCUGAGGCCCUGCUGAAGAAACACGAGGCGCUGAUGUCUGAUCUGAGUGCCUAUGGCAGCAGCAUACAUGCCCUGAAGGAGCAGGCUCAGGCAUGCAGGCAACAAGUGGCCCCCACUGACGAUGAGACCGGUAAGGAGCUGGUGCUGGCUCUUUAUGACUACCAGGAGAAGAGUCCUCGUGAGGUCACCAUGAAGAAGGGAGACAUCCUCACACUGCUCAACAGCACUAACAAGGACUGGUGGAAGGUGGAGGUGAAUGACAGGCAGGGCUUUGUGCCAGCAGCCUACGUUAAGAAACUGGAUCCAACACAGUCGUCCUCCCGUGAGAACCUUCUGGAUGAACAGGGCAGCAUUGGUCUCCGCCAGGAGCAGAUUGAGAACCAGACUAUGGUCACCAAGGAGGUGUGCAGUGUGUCUGUGCGCAUGAAGCAGGUGGAGGAGCUGUACGGCACCCUGCUGGAACUGGGUGAGAAGAGGAAGGAUAUGCUGGAGAAGAGCUGCAAGAAGUUCAUGCUAUUCCGUGAAGCCAAUGAGCUGCAGCAGUGGAUAAAUGAGAAGGAGGGAGCUCUGACUAAUGAGGAGGUGGGCUCUGACUUGGAGCAAGUGGAGGUGUUACAGAAGAAGUUUGAUGAUUUCCAGAAGGAUUUAAAGGCAAAUGAGUCUCGUCUACGCGACAUCAACAAGGUGGCAUCAGAGCUGGAGUCUGAGGGUCUGAUGGCUGAGGAGGCUCCAUUAGUACAGGCUCAGCAACAAGAGAUGCUGGGCUCUGCUCCUGGCAAGGAUGAAGCUGAUUCGAAAUCUGCCUCUCCAUGGAAGUCCAUUCGCAUGGCUGUCCAAACGACGGCUAACUUUAAUACCAUUAAGGAGUUGAACAACCGCUGGAGAGCCCUGCAGCAGCUGGCUGAGGAUAGAAGCAACAUGCUGGGAAGUGCCCAUGAAGUCCAGCGGUUCCACAGAGAUGCUGAUGAGACUAAAGAGUGGAUCGAGGAAAAGAACCAAGCGCUGAACACCGACAACUACGGCCACGACCUGGCCAGCGUUCAGGCUCUGCAGCGCAAACACGAGGGCUUCGAGAGAGAUCUGGCUGCCCUCGGAGACAAGGUGAACUCCCUGGGCGAGACGGCAGAACGUCUGAUCCAGUCGCAUCCUGAGGCAGUGGACGACAUCCAGGAGAAGUGCACCGAGCUGAACACGGCCUGGAGCAGCCUGGUAGGCCGCGCAGACCAGCGCAAAGACAAACUGGGCAACUCGCACGAUCUGCAGCGCUUCCUCAGUGACUUCAGAGAUUUGAUGUCCUGGAUUAAUGGAAUUCGAGGACUUGUGUCUUCUGAUGAGCUGGCCAAGGAUGUGACUGGAGCUGAAGCCCUGCUGGAGAGACACCAGGAACACCGCACUGAAAUUGAUGCCCGUGCGGGCACCUUCCAGGCCUUUGAGCAGUUUGGACAGCAGCUUUUAGCCCGUGGUCACUACGCCAGUCCUGAGAUCCAGCAGAAACUGGAGGCUCUGGACCGUGAGCGGGCUGACCUGGAGAAGGCCUGGGUGCAGCGUAGAAUGAUGCUGGACCAGUGCUUGGAGCUUCAGCUGUUUAACCGUGACUGUGAGCAGGCGGAGAACUGGAUGGCAGCGAGAGAGGCCUUUUUGGCCAGUGAUGACAAGGGUGACUCCCUGGAUAGCGUAGAGGCUCUCAUCAAGAAACAUGAAGACUUUGACAAAGCCAUCAAUGUGCAGGAGGAGAAGAUUGCUGCACUGCAGUCCUUUGCUGACCAGCUCAUUUCUGCUGACCAUUAUGCCAAGCCUGAAAUCUUCAACCGCCGCAACGAGGUCUUGGACAGGUGGCGGCGCCUGAAAGCUCAGAUGAUUGAGAAACGCUCCAAACUGGGCGAGUCUCAGACUCUGCAGCAGUUCAGCAGAGAUGUGGAUGAGAUCGAGGCAUGGAUCAGCGAGAAACUGCAGACGGCCACUGACGAGUCUUACAAAGAUCCUACCAACAUCCAGCUGUCCAAGCUGCUGAGCAAACACCAAAAGCACCAGGCUUUUGAAGCCGAGCUUCACGCCAAUGCUGACAGAAUCCGUGGGGUGAUCGAUACAGGCAACGCACUCAUCCAGAGAGGUGCGUGCGCUGGAAGUGAAGAUGCCGUCAAGUCUCGUCUGGUUGCUCUGGAUGAGCAGUGGCAGUUCCUGGUUAACAAGUCUGCUGAGAAGAGUCAGAAGCUCAAGGAAGCCAACAAGCAGCAGAACUUUAACACCGGCAUCAAAGACUUUGACUUUUGGUUGUCAGAGGUGGAAGCUCUUCUUGCUUCUGAGGAUUACGGAAAAGAUCUGGCCUCAGUCAACAACCUGCUGAAGAAGCACCAGCUGCUGGAGGCUGAUAUCUCUGCACAUGAGGAUCGUCUGAAGGACCUGAAUGGCCAGGCUGACAGCCUGAUGGCCAGCAACGCCUUCGACACCUCUCAGGUCAAAGACAAACGGGACGCCGUUAAUGGUCGCUUUGGCAAAAUCAAGAGCAUGGCUGCGGGACGUCGUGCCAAGCUGAACGAGUCUCAUCGCCUGCACCAGUUCUUCAGGGACCUGGAUGAUGAAGAAUCUUGGAUCAAAGAGAAAAAGUUGUUAGUAAGUUCGGAGGAUUAUGGACGUGAUUUGACAGGAGUACAGAAUCUGAGAAAGAAACACAAGAGACUGGAGGCUGAGCUGGGAGCUCACGAGCCAGCCAUUCAGUCUGUGCUAGACACUGGGAAGAAGCUGUCCGAUGACAACACCAUCGGGCAGGAGGAGAUCCAGCAGAGGCUGGCUCAGUUUGUGGAGCACUGGAAGGAGCUGAAGGAUCUAGCUGCUGCCAGGGGGCAGAGGCUUGAAGAGUCGCUGGAAUAUCAGCAGUUUGUAGCAAAUGUGGAGGAAGAGGAAGCCUGGAUUAAUGAGAAGCUGAAUCUGGUUGGAAGUGAGGACUAUGGUGAUACUUUGGCAGCUGUGCAGGGCUUGUUGAAGAAGCACGAAGCUUUUGAGACUGACUUUACUGUGCAUAGGGACCGUGUGAGCGAUGUAUGUGCCAACGGAGAUGAGCUUAUCAAGAAGGAGAACCACCACGUGGACAACAUCACAGCCAAAAUGAAGGCCCUUCGUGGAAAAGUGUCUGAGCUGGAGAGGGCCGCAGCCCAGAGGAAAGCCAAGCUGGACGAAAACUCUGCUUUCCUGCAGUUCAACUGGAAGGCUGAUGUGGUGGAGUCCUGGAUCGGUGAGAAAGAGAACAGCCUGAAGACUGAUGACUAUGGACGCGACCUUUCUUCAGUACAGACCCUGCUCACCAAGCAGGAAACGUUUGAUGCUGGCCUUCAGGCGUUCCAGCAGGAAGGAAUCACCAACAUCACCGCCCUGAAGGACCAGCUCCUGGCAGCCAAGCAUGUGCAGUCCAAAGCCAUCGAGGCUCGUCAUGCCACGCUGAUGAAGCGUUGGAAUCAGCUGCUUUCCAACUCUGCUGCCCGCAAGAAGAAACUGCUGGAGGCUCAGGAGCACUUCAGAAAGGUUGAAGAUUUGUUCUUGACAUUUGCCAAGAAAGCUUCAGCCUUCAACAGCUGGUUUGAGAAUGCAGAGGAGGAUCUGACCGACCCGGUGAGGUGCAACUCCCUGGAGGAGAUCAGGGCGCUGAGGGAGGCCCACGAUGCUUUCCGCUCCUCACUCAGCUCUGCAGAGGCUGACUUCAACCAGCUGGCCGAGCUCGACCGACAGAUCAAAAGCUACCAGGUGGUGUCCAACCCAUACACCUGGUUCACCAUGGAGGCUCUGGAGGAGACCUGGAGGAACCUGCAGAAGAUCAUCAAGGAGCGGGAGCUGGAGCUGCAGAAGGAGCAGAGGAGGCAGGAGGAGAACGAUAAGCUAAGACAGGAGUUUGCUCAGCAUGCUAAUGCAUUCCACCAGUGGCUGCAGGAGACCAGGACAUAUCUACUGGAUGGCAUAGCCUAUCGGCGGGUUAUCCGUGUGUAUCAGUAUGAAGUCGAUGAUGAUCUUUCUGGAAGGUCCUGCAUGGUGGAAGAGUCUGGAACUCUAGAAUCCCAGCUGGAGGCUACAAAGCGUAAGCACCAGGAGAUCCGGGCCAUGCGCAGCCAGCUGAAGAAAAUCGAGGAUCUGGGAGCAGCCAUGGAGGAGGCACUGAUCCUAGACAACAAAUACACAGAGCACAGCACGGUGGGACUGGCCCAGCAGUGGGACCAGCUCGACCAGCUGGGCAUGAGGAUGCAACACAACCUGGAACAACAGAUCCAAGCCAGAAACACUACAGGAGUAACAGAGGAGGCUCUAAAGGAGUUCAGCAUGAUGUUCAAGCACUUCGACAAAGAGAAAUCUGGUCGUCUGAACCACCAAGAAUUCAAGUCCUGCUUGCGCUCUUUGGGCUACGACCUGCCCAUGGUGGAGGAAGGAGAACCCGACCCGGAGUUUGAGUCCAUCCUCGACACGGUGGAUCCCAACAGGGACGGCAAUGUGUCCUUGCAGGAGUACAUGGCGUUCAUGAUCAGUCGUGAGACAGAGAACGUGAAAUCCAGUGAAGAGAUCGAGAGUGCCUUCCGUGCUCUCAGCGCUGAGAACAAGCCGUACGUCACCAAGGAAGAACUCUACCAGAAUCUAACCAAGGAGCAGGCAGACUACUGCAUUUCCCACAUGAAGCCCUACCUAGACAGCAAGGGCCGGGAGCUCCCGUCGGCGUUCGACUUCGUGGAAUUCACUCGCUCGCUUUUUGUCAACUGAUCUCCCGCCCCCUUGCCUGCCAGUGACCAAUCGGGAUGCGUUUUCCCUUCACAAGACAUCACACGGCUCAGCUGCAUGAAUCUGACGUAGAAUUCUCUAUAGCACCCUGUAUCUGUAUCUAGGUAUCGAACUUGCUCUUAACUAUUUAUCUCACACUUCUUCUCUUUGUGCUUCACUGACAAUAGUGUAGUGGAUUUGUCUGCAAUUGAUUGUGGUUGUUUUACCUGUUUCAGUGCUUUGCUUGAUUUUAAGAAACCUAUAGAGACAAUGUGCUACAACACCGUGCGUAAUUCUGCAGUGUGCAUUAAUAAACGCUUCUGGUUAGAACUGGUAA